CACACACACACGCACACACGCAGGGCUUCCUGCUGCUCUCGGUGAAGGAGCGACUCUGCAGUUGGACACACGGACAGCUUGUGGUGGACACACGCUUCACGUAUGUGGUGUUUUCCUUCAGCGCGUGUAUUUAUGUGUUGGGGCUGGACUGCGUGAGGAGAGGGCUUUACUGUGAGGACUGCAGCAGCCACUCUGAGGGAAAUAUUAUCUCUACACGACUACGCAGAAGAAGACGAUUUGCUGAGGGUCACCUGACGGAUCCAAACCUCCUGAUGUUUGAUCAAGCUGACAAUCAAGAGAUGUCGCCCUGAUCGCUGUUUUGUCGGAAACAGCUUUUCAUUAGGCAAGAUGUCAACCACAACAGAGAAUGGGAUGGGAGGGCCUUGGAGUACAGGCCGAGAGAAAACGUACAAAAAGACAACGUCAUCAGCCUUGAAGGGGGCCAUUCAGCUCGGUAUUGGCUAUACAGUGGGAAACCUCACAUCCAAGCCUGACAGAGACGUGCUUAUGCAAGACUUCUACGUGGUGGAGAGUGUCUUUCUGCCGAGUGAGGGAAGCAACUUGACCCCAGCGCAUCACUAUCCUGACUUCCGCUUCAAAACCUAUGCCCCGCUGGCCUUCCGCUACUUCAGGGAUCUGUUCGGCAUCAAACCAGAUGACUACCUGUACUCCCUCGUAAAUGAGCCUCUGAUUGAGCUGACCAACCCGGGGGCCAGCGGCUCGCUCUUUUACCUGACCAGCGAUGACGAGUUCAUCAUUAAAACCGUCCAGCACAAAGAGGCCAAGUUUCUCCAGAGAUUAUUACCUGGAUACUACAUGAACCUGAACCAGAAUCCACGCACGCUUCUGCCCAAGUUCUACGGUCUGUACUGCAUCCAGUCUGGAGGCAUCAAUAUCCGAUUGGUGGUGAUGAACAACGUGCUCCCGCGCUCUGUCAAAAUGCACUACAAAUACGACCUGAAGGGAUCCACCUACAAGAGACGAGCGUCCAGGAAAGAGAGAGAGAAGGCCUGUCCGACCUACAAAGACCUGGACUUCCAGGACAUGCACGAAGAAGGGCUUUACUUUGACGCAGAGACGUACAACAACCUGAUGAAGACCCUGCAGAGAGACUGUCGGGUGCUGGAGAGUUUUAAGAUCAUGGACUACAGCCUGCUGCUGGGUGUGCACGUCCCCGACCAGAGCCAGAGAGAAGGGGGUGAGCCAGGCCAGGCAGGCGGGGACGGGAGGAGACCUGUGGGUCAGAGGGUGCUUUACUCCACCGCCAUGGAGUCCAUCCAGGGAGACGGCAAGGCAGCUGAAGCUCUCACCACAGACGACACGAUGGGGGGCAUCCCGGCCAAAACGCACAAAGAAGAAAAGCUGCUCAUCUUCCUGGGUAUAAUAGAUAUUUUACAGUCGUACAGGUUCAUUAAAAAGCUGGAACACUCGUGGAAAGCCCUGGUGUACGAUGGCGACUCCGUCUCGGUGCACCGGCCUGGGUUUUAUGCCAGCCGCUUCCUCAAGUUCAUGAGUACACGGGUCUUCAGGAAGACUCAGCCACUUCGAUUCUCCCCUUCAAAGAGGACUCGUACGUCCAUCCCGGCUCUGAAGUCGUCCUCACAGGAGAUCCUUUCAUCGCAGGCAGAUGAGAGGAACGAGGAGGACGGGAGGGACAGGCUCGGAGGAGCUUACAGCCUGGCCAGUUUGGACGGACAAGCUGUGUUGGGCUCGUACCUGCGUCCUGACCUGGUCCCUGCCAACCCGUCCUUCUACGAGGGCUCAUCCAUGGGAACCAUCUCAACCUCCUCAAUCUUUGUCAACGUGGACAACCAAACAGAGGAGAGGUACAGUAUCUAUUUGUUUUUCUUCUCCUGGCUGCUUUCAUAAUGUCAUGACACUGUGUGUUAACUCAGGGGCGGAGCAUGUCGUUUUUCACCUUUAAACUAUGAUGCAAGGUCACUGUACACAGUACCUCCUUGAGGAUAAGAAGGAAGGCAUGUAAAUCUGACACACACACCCACACACAUACAUACCAUG